CGAACCAGUCCGAUAACCCCUCGGGAUUCCCACGGCGACACCCACUCUGCGGAAGCCAGCAGGCAUCCCCAUUCCCCCCGCAGCCUCGCUCCCGUUCGGGCGGGAGGAGGAUGGUCGCCUCGGCCUUCCUGAUCUUCGGGCUCCCGUUCGUCGUCGCCCUGGCGGUCGGGAUCGUCGUCUUCUCCGUUUACGUCCUUCUCGCGAAGAAAUUUCGACUCAAUUGGUUCGAGAAGAAUCUCCUCGAGAACGCCGUCCAAGUCGCCGAAGACCAAACCGAGGAGACUGCCGAUUCUGGGUUCCUGACACCAUUCGGACCCGGCGCUCGAAUUCUGCCACUUUCACCGAUGCUGGUACGGCUUUUCCCCCUCCUUUCCAUCACGGCGAAACAGUCAGCUAACCUCGCUCGACCGCCAGGGGAGCUGUCAGUCCCCGGGUCCCUCGCCCGUGCGGCGUCGGAUGUCAUUCCUGGCCCCGACGAGGAGGAGAGAGGUAGGACCUCGUUCGAGUCCCGACCCCGCAUCCCCUCCAUGCACUCGAGCCUCGACAUCGGCAUGAUCGACUCGGCCCUCUACGUCACCCACGUAAGCAAUCCGGCCCUCUACGUUACCCUGGUGAGCGAUCCCUAUCGCCUCCGAUCCCUGGACUGUGGGGUCCCGAGACGUAGUUAUCGAUUCCUCUCUCCAUUCCCCGUCAUUCUCGAAACUGGAUUUGAGUAA